CUCAUUUCUUCCGAUUUUAUUAUUUCUUUUUGCCUCUCUGGUUCAAUGAUGAAUCUAGUCAUACCAAACGAUUAAUAAAUCACCAUCAUGCAUGAAGUGCUUAGAUCAUCAUCACUCGUUUUGGACAAUUUGUUCUAUAAACAUUUAGGCCAGAAACAUUGCAUUUGCGUAGAAGUAGUAGUUAAGCAGUUGGAUCGUCAGAUUUCAUUUUGGCAAAAACCAAAAGAAUAUAGUGUUUCUAAUAAUAGCCGGAGAUCUCUCAACAUGGAGGAGUUCAAUGAGGUGAUUUUCGAGUUCAAGAAAAGCAUAAGAAGAGCAAUCUUAAACAGGCCCGGGCAGCUAAAUUCCCUUACUUUCGAAAUGAUUUCUCAGAUGUUGAAACAACUUGGAGUUUUUGAAGAAGAUCCGACUGUCAAACUUGUGAUAUUAAAGGGAAAAGGAAGAGCAUUUUGUGCAGGGGGUGAUGUUAAAGGUGUAAUAAAUUUUGUGACAAAUGGUCAUUGGAGCUUUGGUGCUAGUUUCUUCCGGCGGCAACUUACACUAGACUAUAAAAUUGCCACCUUCAAAAAACCAGUGGUGUCAAUUUUAAAUGGAUUCGUCAUGGGAGGAGGAGCUGGUCUUUCGAUGCUUUCUACCUUUCGGAUUGUUACUGAAAAAACUAUAUUUGCCAUGCCAGAAGCAUCAAUUGGAGUUUUUCCAGAUUGUGGUGCUUCGUAUUUCUUUUCUAGGAUUCCAGGCUAUUUCGGAGAAUACUUAGGUUUGACAGGAACUCGAUUAACUGGGAUUGAAAUGCUUCAUUGUGGCCUUGCAACUCAUUUUGUCCUUUCCAAGGAUCUUACUUCACUUGAAGAUUCUUUAGAUUCGUUGGGAGCAUCUGAAUCAAUGGUAAUUGAUGAAAGAACAAUUUUAAGAACCAUCAACUAAUUUGUUCAUCAAUUUCAUCUCCCAAAAAGUAGCGUCUACCAAAGGUAAUUCUCACCGAAAUUACUUAUACUCUCUCCGUCCCAUAAUUAUUGUCCAGUUUGAGUUUUCAUUUUUAGUUCAAAUUGUAGUAAAAGUGAAAUCUCAAACUGGUCAAUAGUUUUGGGACAGAGGGAGUAAUAUUCAGAGGACGGAAAAGAAAUGGUGGGCUUUUAAUGUGUAUCCUAAGACUAAUUAAUUAUGUGGUGGCAUACCGAUUCUAAAUUACAAGGAACUUGUUAGAUACUAAAUAGUAUUCCUCCAUCUCAUAAUAAUCAUUCUAUUUUUUUUUUCCUUAUAGAAUUAAUGAUUGAUCGGUGACUAGGUUGGAGGUUAUUAACCAAUGUUUUUCCAAGGAUACCGUUGAAGAAAUUUUGGCAUCAUUGGUAAGAUCAUCAGUAAUUGCUAAUUAGAGUUCUUUGUUCCACAUCGGAUUUGCUAACC